GAUGAGCCUGCGCCCGUCGUGGAAGCAGCGAGAGCGAUGGGAGGCUGCUGCUGCUGCUGCUAGGAUGGAGUGAAAUGCGCCGCGAUUUUAUUCAUUGUUGUUUUUUUUAUACCCUGCGUUUUAUUUUGCGCCGAUUGAUUUGCGUUUAAUGUCCGCGUUUUAAUCGAUUUCUUUUAAGUAGCGGUCGUAGCAAUACUCAAUUCUAAUAAUACCAGCCACGCGUGAUUUCCACCAACUACACAUCACACGCAUUACACACACACACGCACACACACACACGCACACACGCACGCACGCACACACACGCACACACACACACGCAUUACACACACACACACACGCACGUUACCUGUUACUCUCACGUCUCGGCCUCGCGCCGGGCGCGCCCCGAAUGAGCGGAGCGCGCCCAGCGAGAAGACUCCGAGGCGCGCCACGCGACGCGCGGAUGGCUCGCGGCCACCGCCGGCUCCGAUGAAGGUCAGAGACAAAGACCCCGUUGAGCUCCUGGGACUCUCCACCCUGCAACUCACCGCGGCGCACGCGGCCAUGAACGGCACGGGCGUUCCGCAGGGGCUCCUCGACUCCCGGCGAACGAGUGCCGUCUCGUCGGCCGGCGGCAUCGGCGGCGGCGGCGGAGCGCUGUCCGCCUCCGCUUCUCUCGCCGAACGCGGCGGCUCUCGGGAAAGGCUCUCGCCCAUGAGCCCUUCUCCCCGGGGUCUCGGCGGCACCGCUUGCACCCUACGAGACGGCAUCAGCCUCCUGCCCGGCUCUGCCGAGGUGAACGCACGCGUGACUCUGCUCGGCAAGCCGCUGACGGGUGCGCGCGCGUCCAGGAGGCACGCCGGGUACCGCCGUCUGCAGAACUCCCUCUACAACCUGUUGGAGCGACCGCGCGGAUGGGCGUUUGCCUAUCACACGUUCGUGUUCCUGCUCGUCUUCAACUGCCUCGUCCUCUCCGUGUUCUCCACAAUCCCCGGCUACCACGAGGCGUCCACCCGGGGCCUUCUCAUCGUGGAGGUGGUCAUGAUGGCCGUGUUCAGCGUGGAAUACUUUGUGCGCUUCUGGGCGGCCGGUUGCUGCUGCCGCUUCAGGGGCUGGAAAGGCCGACUCCGCUUCGCCCUGCGCCCCUUCUGCAUCAUCGACAGCAUCGUGCUGGUGGCAUCGCUGGCCGUGAUCGCGGCCGGCACGCAGGGCAACGUCCUCGCCACGUCGGCGAUGCGGGGCCUGCGCUUCCUGCAGAUCCUGCGCAUGGUCCGCAUGGACCGCCGCGGAUGGACCUGGCAGCUGCUACGCUCCGUCGUCUUCGAGCACAGCAAGGAGCUCAUCACGGCCUGGUACAUCGGCUUCCUCACGCUCAUCUUCUCGUCGUUCCUCGUCUACCUGGCGGAGAAGGACGACAACCAGGACCAGUUUGGGACAUACGCCGACUCGCUGUGGUGGGGCACGAUCACGCUCACCACCAUCGGCUACGGAGACAAGACCCCUAAGACGUGGCUCGGCCGCCUGCUUGCUGCCGGCUUCGCCCUCCUCGGUGUCUCCUUCUUCUCGCUGCCGGCCGGCAUCCUGGGGUCGGGCUUUGCCCUCAAGGUCCAGGAGCAGCACCGACAGAAGCACUUUGAGAAGCGACGCUGCCCUGCUGCUCGUCUCAUGCAGUGCACGUGGCGGUGCUACGCAGCUGACGUGAAGUCUCUGUCCGUGGCGACGUGGAAACCUCACCUGAAGGCUCUGCACACCUGCAGCCCCGUCAACCACAAGCCGAGUUUCCGCGAGCGCGUCCGCCUCUCGAGCCCCCGGGGUCAGACGGGCCGGGGCAAGAGCGCGUCCCCCGCGGGGAGGGCGAGGGCCCCCGGGGUCGGCGGGGUGCGCCGCUCCCCCAGCGCGGACACGGGACUCGAGAACAGCCCCGCGCACGUCCAGAAGAGCUGGAGCUUCAACGACCGCACGCGAUUCCGCCCGUCGCUGCGUCUGCGCAGCUCCAGCUCCAGGCACUACUCCGGCGAAGGGGGUUACGCCAGCCUGAGUGUGGACGAUGCCCUCGAUCAGAAGCGCUGCCACUGCGAUGUGUCAGUCGAGGACCUCACGCCCGCCCUCAAGACGGUCAUCAGAGCUGUCAGGAUAAUGAAGUUCCUGGUCGCGCGCAGGAAGUUCAAGGAGACGCUGUGCCCAUACGACGUGAAGGACGUCAUCGAGCAGUACUCCGCGGGACACCUCGACAUGCUGUGCCGCAUCAAAAACCUCCAGUGCAGGGUCGACCAAAUUCUCGGCAAGGACAACUUGUCCAGCGUGGAGCGGCAGAAGGCGAAGGAGAGGGGCCAGCCCAGGUCAGAGGUCAGAGAAGACCAGAGCCUCAUGGGAAGGGUGGUUAAGAUGGACAAACAGGUGCAGACGAUCGAGAAGAAGCUGGACUUCUUAAUCGACUUCUACCGCCAGUCCCUGGGCAAGGGGCCGCCCAAGAUGCACACGGCCAUGAGCCAGUCGAACACGGAGAACAACACGGACUACGAGACGCCGGACGACCAGGCGUCCUCGCUCGAGAUCACCGAGACCACGUGCGUGGCCACGUCGCCGUCCAGCAACGGCAACCACCUGAGCCAGGGCCUCUCCGAAGACAACGACCUCGCGCUGUCCCCGCGCGGCAGCCCUCCCGCCUCCGCGAACGUCGCCGCCGAGUGGCUCCAGGUUCCCGACCAGAAGGAGGAGGCGGCCAUCAGCUGGAGCUCGCAGAAGUCCCACCUGACCCUCCCGGUGCCUUCGUUCAUGUCGUCCACGGACCAGAACAUCACCAUCGUCAUCAGCCCGUCGACGUCGGACGAUGUCCUGGCCGCAUGCGACGGUUCCAUCCCCGUUCCUCCUCCCGCUCCGCUCUCGCCGGUCUGUCGCGGCGAGCUCUCCAAGGUGUUCGGCGCUCGCUGCGGCAACGGCAACGCGGUGGGGCCGAUCUUCGCGGCGGCGGCGGCCGGCCUGGGCGGAGCGCCGUGGUCCGACAGCAUCCUGAGCGUGGAGGACUUGCCGUCGCUCCACACCGUCAAGGAGAUCGACGAGCAGCUGGCGGCCGACGAUCUGUCCGGCGAGAGCCUGCAGAGAGUCGGCGGAGACGCCGCCGCCGCCACCGCCACCACCGCCGAGCCGUCGCACAUGACUCUUUUGCCGCUCGGGCCGCGAUCGUCCGCUGAGAUGGAGUUUGGAGGCUCGGCUCAGCAGCAGCAGCACUUACAGCGCAUCACCGAUAAGCCGGACUUAAUAUCACUUCCGUAAAAAAAAUAAAAUUGUACGCACAAGCGUUUUUUUUUUUUAACCCCCCCCUCCUCCCCCUUUCCUCCGUGUAAUUCUCACUGUUGUUACCGCAAAACGAUAUUUUAAAGAUUUGGACCGCAUCAAACGAAUGCGUUGCGUAGUCGACCUAAUAAUGUGAGUAGCCGAAAAGAUAGGAUUUAUGAACCCAUACUGGGGCUUUUGCGAAUGCAGUUUUUUUUGCUGCAGGUAGUGAAGUGGGGGGGAGGGGUGGCUGCGGUGGGUGGGAGAGGGAAAAUUGGGCCAUCCACCCACCCACCCCACCCUCAUCGACCACCCGCCAAGAUGCGGUGGCUGCCCCGGUGGUAUGUGGGCGUCUCUGGGGCAGCGUUCGUUCUUUCCUCCCGACGAUCGUUCACAGGCGGCGUUGACCGCGCCCCGGACUCACCACCUCGACUGUCUGUAACCCUUACCCCCCCUCCCCCCUGAAUUGUAUAAAAAGUGGAAUGGACCAAUAGUCGACCAAUGUUAAUCAUAGCCGUUGAAAUGUUUACAAGACUGCUUUCAUUUUAAGUCCUGAGCAUGCUAUUACCUAUAAUGUGCAAUUACCUUUAAUAAUAACCAAAUCUGUGCUGGUGCAUUUCGCAGCUAUAUAAAUGCAGCGUGUAGACUUUUACAAGCGUACUCACACAGGGACGUUUUUUUAAAUGUCAAUUUGUAGUUUCUAGUUUUCAUUUUUACUCCCCCCUUUGCCUCCCCUGUGUCAUAAAAGUAACGCUGUUAAGAGCUGAGUUGCGCACAUUUUUUCGAGUUUAUGGACAUCGUUUGGGGCGCUGCGGUGGCGAGAUGUUAACUCCCUCGCCUGGUAUGCAGGAGGUCGUGGGUCUUGAUCCCGACCCUGACGCCUGUAUAUUUGGAGUUUGCAUGUCUCUCUUCCCGUGGUCACGUGGAUUUUUCUCCGGGUCCUCUGGUUUUUCCCUCCUUCCACGUCUAGAAGCAUGCAUUUAGAGUAUGUGGCUGCUUUCCAUUUCCAGACGAUAAGCCACUUUUUUGAGCUAUCAUUUGUGGCCAGGUCACUGAAAAAGAGCUAUAUACAGCUCAGUGGGCCUGACCUGGUAAAAUAAAAAUAGUUUAUAGUUUCAGUACUUGUUUACAGGGCUGGGUAAUCUCAAACCGCCAAUGCGAGUGCCCGCCGUGACAAAGGGAUGGCGGGCCUUCGGUGGCCUCGUUUGGCCAUGGUGGGGGAAAAGCCACCCUCCCCGGCUCCAUCUCCCCGCACGUUCCUGUGGAUGUUUUGGGGCCAGACCCUGCGUACUCGAGACUGCCGCGCACGUUCCCGCAUCGUAGCGGACGUUGAAGUUCCCGUGACGUUAUUCGUUCAAAAGAGUCGGCGCCAUUUUGAAAAUUACAAAUUCUAUCAUUUGAUAAAGUCACAAAGCAACCGACUGUGAAACUACUGUGCGCCGUGAUAGUCUGUGAAACUUUAGCGCCUUCGUGAUAACCUUUCGCUUGACGAAUGUCUCAAAUGCCAAAUGUACUCACGGUUUGAUUUUAUAUGUUUGUUGUCAAUUUAAAGUUCCCCCUUUUUUUCAGACUUCUCAACUGCCAACCAAUGUUACCACUGACAUCUCGUCUUGCGGUGAAUGGACCACUCGGGGUCUACCCUCUGUGUUCGAGAACGGCCCAGUGACACGAGAUGUCGUAAAAAACAUUGACACACUCUCCAAGUGACCUGCUCUCUCCACAAUAGGGGCCACACGAACCGCUGCAGACAAAUGUUCAUCCCACUGCAGCGAAACUGAUCUUCUUAAUGAUCAGAGCCGGAAUUUUAGCCAGUAAGUAAAAUAAAAAACAACCAAAACUAUAUUUUAUUUUCUUUCUGCAAUCGUUGGUGACCAGGCUGAGACCACCAGCUUAUCACACUAAUCACGGGUGACUGAAGCCCGGAUUCAAACCCAAGACCUCAACAGUGUCGGCUUAGGACUGUGACCGCUGAACUGCCUGACCCGCCUCACCCCUGAGUGUGGCUUAGCAGCUUGCUGCGGAUGUUGCUCGACUGGCAUGCAAAGUGACGCAAUGGCAGAAGCGGACCUUUCCA